AUGGAAGAAAUUGCAAGGGCUAGGAUUCCUAAGAAGAUCAAUGUGACCCAGCCUCACAAGCUGUAUGAUGGAGCUGCGGAUUCCUACGAUCAUGUAGCACAAUAUAAGCAAAAGAUGUGGACUCUCUCCAUUCCUGAGCACCUGCUGGAAGCUACUAUGUGCCAAUCCUUCGGGGCCACCUUAUCUGGGCCUGCCUUGCAGUGGCUGAUCAGCCUAAAACCAGCUAGUAUCCAAAAUUUCUCUACUUUGAUUAACAAGUUUUAUAUGCAGUUUGCUAGCAGUAGGGUUCUGGAGAAGCAUACAGGCGACCUGUAUCGCAUCACUCAGAAGGCAAACGAAGCUGUGAGGCAGUAUCUGAAUCGAUUCAACAAGGAAAUGAUCUCAGUCAAGAACCUGGAUGUCCCCACCGCUAUCGAAGCAUUCAGGAGAGGUCUAACAUAUAAAUCUAGAUUGUAUUAUGAAUUAACUAGGUACCCCUGUAGCACAUUCGAAGAAGUUAGAGUCAAGGCUAUGGCUGAAAUCCGCGUCGAAGAAGAUGAGGUGUCCAGGUACGGGAGCGAAUCCAGCUAUGAACGGAAGGCCCAGAAUCAGAAGAAAAGUGAUUGGCGUCACCAGCCGUACCAAAAGCGCGAAAGCAAUAAUGUAGCCAGCAAGGCCACAGGUAAAUCUGCUAACAAUGAUUACCCGUCUAUUGCUUCCUAUUGCUUUAAUGUGGAUGCAAGAGGCGUAGUAAAUGCGCUCGAAAAGCUGGGGACAACAACUAGAUGGCCACGCAAGAGCGACAGACCAGACAACGAGAAAGACACCACCAAAUGGUGCAGCUAUCAUGGUGACCAUGGCCAUCGGACUGAAGACUGCAACGCCCUCAAAAAGGAAGUAGCCUGGCUGCUUAAAAAAGGCUAUCUCGUGCAUUUGAUGGGUGGUUCAGAAAUAUGUGGACUAACAUACUCUGCAGCUAAGAGGUUCGCCCGAGAAGGCUCCAAAACCGCACCAAGUCCGCUGAGAAGUGCAGAAGAGAAAAAGCUCAGGAGUAUGACCAUCAACUUCGACAAGGAAGAUGGAGAUGAAGAAGCUGACAAUCAUGACGGCCUCGUCGUGUCUCUCACCAUCAGCAAUUGUCUCAUGAAGCGAGUCUUAAUAGAUAAUGACAGCUCAGCUAAUAUUGUUUUCAAAAGCGCCCUUGAAAGCAUGGGACUGCAGGAAGCUGAUAUCCUCAAAAAGCAACUGUUCUGUUCGGGUUCAAUGGUGAGCCAGCUACAACGCUCGGGGAGAUCGUGCUGCCUACCUAUGCAAAGGGAGUUAACUUGCAAACUAGAUUCAAUGUGGUAG